UUAAGGUUAUGUAGGUUAUUUAGAAAAGUUGUAAAUAAAAGAUGAGUCCUAAACAUCUCGAAGUAAACACUGUUUUAUUAUUAAAAACACAAAUUAAGGAACAAUCUGUAGAUAAAUAUGAGCAACUUUUAGUGGCAAAUGGUUUUGCAGUUAAACAAGUGAACACAUUAGUUUUCCAAUACAAAAAUCUUGAAUUGUUGACGAAAAAACUUAAUUGUAGUGAUUGUUACUCAGGAAUUAUAUUUUCUAGUCCUCGAUGUGUGCAAGCAGUAUAUUUAGCUUAUCAAAAUUCACAGGCCGAUAUUUCCUCAUGGAAAUUGAAAAAGAAUUUUGCUGUAGGUGCAGCAACCUCCAAGGAAGCUUUAGAAAAAUUAGGAUUAGAAUGUAAAGGACAGGAAUCUGGUAGUGCAGAAAACCUUCUUAAUUUUAUUUUGAAAGAAAAUUGUUCAUAUAAAAUGCCAUUCUUGUACCCUCAUGGAAAUUUAAAGAGGGACACAUUCAGCGGACUGAAAGGAACAAAUGAAAUAACAGUUGAGAGCGUUUUGGCUUAUGAUACAAUUAACAAUCCGAAUAUUUUGGAUGAGAUGAGAGAAGCUACUGAUAAUUUCACACUAAUUCCAGAAUAUGUAAUAUUUUUUAGUCCCUCAGGUGUACACAGCACAUUAGAGCAUCUUAGAAAAGUUGAGAAUUUUACUAUUUCUAAAUUAAUACCUAUUGGUCCUACAACUGAAUUAUCUAUGAAAGAAGCAAAUCUUCCUGUCUUUGGUGUUGCACAGCAUCCAAGUCCACAAGGUGUACUGGACAUUAUUUUGUCAAAGUCAAGAUCUCAUUAAUGUAUAUUCCAAAUUUUGUUGUCUAAAACAGUUUGUAGAUAUUUAUAAAGUUUUAUAUAUUUA